CAUGAAUAAAGCUGGAGCACUCACUACUUGCUUCUCACAGUUAACAGGAGAAGCACUCAGGUUGGCUGGAAGGCAGAAAGAAUUUCCCUGUCCACCAGCCAAAUCCAAGAUCCAAAAUGAUCCAAGCUUUCUUGGUUACUAUAUGCUUAAUAAUGUUUUCAUACCAAGCGAGCUGUACAAAGGAGUCCUGGAAGGUUAAGGAUUAUGAAGUAGUGUAUCCACAAAAAGUUCAUGCAUUGCACAAAAGAGACAUAGGAGAGUCUCAGAAGCCUGACCAAAAAACUAAGUAUGAUGAUACCAUGCAAUAUGAAUUUAAAGUGAAUGGAGAGCCAGUGGUCCUUCACCUAGAAAAAAAUAAGGAACUUUUUUCAAAAGAUUACAGCGAGACUUAUUAUUCCCCAGAUGGCAGAGAAAUUACAACCAGCCCUCCAGUUGAGGAUCACUGUUAUUAUAACGGCCACAUCCAGAAUGAUACUGACUCAACUGCAAGCAUUAAUGCAUGCCAUGGUUUGAAAGGGUAUUUCAAGAAUUAUGGUGAGAGGUAUCUUAUUGAACCUUUGAAGCUUUCCAACAGUGAAGCCCAUGCACUCUUCAAAUAUGAAAGUCUGGAGAAAGAGGACAACACGUUCAAAACCUGUGGAGUAACCAACACUACUUGGAAAUCAGAUGACCCCUUCAAAAAGACCUCUCGGAUGAGCAUGAGUAUUGAAAAAAAGGAAUACUUGCAGGCCAAAAAAUAUGUUGAGUUUUACGUAGUUGCAGACAACAGAAUGUUCAGGAAGUACAGCCGCAGCAUCACUACUAUAAGGAGGAGAGUAUUUGAUAUAGCCAACUUUAUAAAUGUGGUUUACAAACCUUUGAAGGUUCAUGUAGCAUUGAUUGGCUUAGAAAUUUGGUCCGAUGAAGAUAAGAUUGAGAUCAGUGAAACAGCAGGUGCCACUUUGAACCACUUUUCGUCAUGGAGACAGUCAGUUCUGCUGAAGCGCAAAAGGAAUGAUAAUGCUCAGUUACUCACGGACAUUGACUUAACUGGAAGUACUGUAGGAUUGGCUUACGUUGGUACCAUGUGCAAUUCUUUGACAUCUACAGCAAUUAUUCAGGAUCACAACACGGACCCAAUAGCUAUGGGGGCAACAAUGGCCCAUGAGCUGGGUCAUAAUUUUGGCAUGAAUCAUGACACAGAUUUGUGUACCUGCAAGACUGGCCCGUGCAUUAUGGCUGACAAGCAAGGCUAUAUAACUCCCCAGGAGUUCAGUUCUUGCAGUUCACAGUUUUAUCAGAAUUAUAUCAUGAAUGAAACCCCACAAUGCAUCAUCAACAGACCCUCAACCAAAGAUGUGAUUUCACCUCCAGUGUGUGGGAAUGAAUUUGUGGAGGAGGGAGAAGAAUGUGACUGUGGCCUUCCAAAGGAAUGUAAAAAUGAGUGCUGCGAAGCUGCCACUUGUAAACUGAAACCUGGGGCAAAGUGCGCACAUGGGGAGUGUUGUGAGAAAUGCCAGCUUAUGAGAGCAGGAUCAGUAUGCCGGGUAGUAAAGCAUGACUGUGACUUGCCUGAACUAUGCACUGGCCAAUCUGCUGAGUGUCCCAUGGAUCGCUUCCACAUUAAUGGACACCCAUGCCAAAACAACCAAGGUUACUGCUACAUGGGGAAGUGUCCUACCUUGGCGGACCAAUGUAUUGCUCUCUGGGGGCCAGGUGGGAAAGUGGCUGCAGAUUCAUGUUUUAAGAAAAACCAGCAAGGGAAUUAUUACGGCCACUGCAAAAACGCAAAUGGUAUAACCAUUUCAUGUAAACCAAAUGCGGUAAAAUGUGGCAGGCUAUAUUGCACAGGUGGUUCAAAGAUGCCCUCAGAUGGAAACCUGCUGGAAUUUCUAUCAUGUAGAGCCAGCUUUCCACCCAAAGAUGCAGAAGAUGUUGGAAUGGUUCAUCCUGGAACAAAAUGCGGAGAAGGAAUGGUCUGCAACAACGGGCAGUGUGUUGAGAUAGAAACUGCCUACAGAUCGACCAACUGUUCACACAAAUGCAUCGGACACUCUGUAUGUGACCAUGAACUGCAGUGCCAGUGUAAAGAAGGAUCAACACCGCCUCACUGUGACACCACAGGAAAUAAAUAUAUAAUCAUCAUUGUUGUAACUGUGAUACUAGUCUCAGUAGCCACGGCCAUCCUCCUUGCAGUUCUCUUCUGCCGCUACGUUUUAAAGAAGAAACAAAGGGACAGCAUUCACAAAAGUGCACCUGUAGCCAAAAAUCCUUUCUCUGGUACAGAUCAAAAGAGGAAACAGCAUCUUGGUCCAGUGUUCAAUGAUCCAGAGAUAAAUUCUUCUAGAUUUCUCCUGCCAAUUUCAUUGCAAGGAAAUACACCAGAAGUUCAUGUUAAAAUCCCAGAUGAACCUUUACGACACACAUAUGAAAAUGCCAGAAUGCCUAUUGUGAAACCAAAAAUCCCUCCGCCUCCUGUUCCAACAGCAAAAUCCACCAUAUAUCCAGCUCUGGGAAUAAAUCCAGCUCCUUCUUCUCAACUUGAGUCUAAACCAGCUCCUCCCCCACCUCCACCCCAGGCAAUGAAACCCACUAAAUAAUCUCAGGGUAUGAAACAAAACAAGAAUCAGAAAUAAUACCAAGUCUCUGAUUUCAAAGAAAACCUUUUCCAUUUUCUCAGUUUCCAUAUCUGCAUAGGACAACUGAAUGGUGACUUCCUUCCACAAGUCUAAUGCUUCCUCUGCUGCAGGAAAUGUCUUUUUAAUUUUGGGGACAGCAUCACCUUUAGUAAGGAUGGGAACUGAUAGGAAAUCUUCAGCAUUCUUCCAUUAUAUCCUUGGAUAUCAAAUGGGGAGAUCCUAGCAGAGUUGGGAUGAUUUUGUGAAUUGUGAACUGAGCCAAAAGAUGCAUAGAAGCAAAUGAUGCCUCCAUCUGAGAUUUAAACACCCAUCACCACCAUUUGUGGACAAAUCAAAACUAAAGAAACAUUUGUUGAUGCUUGAUGCAAGUGGAAACCAAAGCUGUCCUGCCUACUGAAUUAAUCACUUUAUUAUCUUGGAGUACAAAAUGACUGAGUCCUGCAUGAUGCCACCAGAUUCUUUGGCAUAAGCGAAGGCUGAUCUCUUUGAAACCUUCUCUCUACCUGUGCAAACAAAGAAGCAAAGAUGAGACUUGGGAACUUCAGUGCCUAUUGUUUGUUGCUCAAGGACUUUUCAAGGUACAAUUGUAUCAGCUCUGCCAACUUUUUUCACCAGACUCUGCUCCUAUUCCCUAAGGCUACAUGUGACCUUUGGUUUAAUUUCAAUAGCCAUUGGCAAGUGGCCCUUUCAGGCUUCUAGUAGAGAUACUUAAUCCUUUUGGGGUAUUGCUUGAGAGAAAAGGAAUACUUAAAAAAAAACCAAGAGAGAUAAGAAAGUAAAAUUCCUAGUGUUUUUUGGUCAGCCUUGACCAAUUUACCUAGGACAUUUGCAGCCGAGUCAUCAGGAUAGUGGCUCUGAUCAUGCAAUUGAAGCUCCCCCCUUUUUAACAUAUGUGUGUUAAAAGAGCAGGGCAUUUAUGGCAUGGCUGCAGCUUUCAUCUCGACUUUUUGACUUCCCUCCCUAUGGAUACCCCUGAAUAUAACCAGUAUAACUAAAGGAGUUAUUCUGGUUAUACUAACUGAGUAUAACUAAAGGACCAACUGGAAUCUGCAAUGGGUUUUCAUGCUGUCAAAAGCUUUCUUCUGAUUCUUGCAGAUCAACCUUGUCAUAAAGGGAAAGAGUAAUAAACCAUCUGCAGAAAAAGAACCAACCAAGGACCCAAUAGUUAAACAUUGAGCUGCAUAUAUUCAUGAUUAUUUUAAAAGGAAAGGGACAGAGACAGAGAUAGAGACAGACCUGAAGAUCUGAUAACUCUAAAUGGUAGAAGGAAUUCAUAAUUAGCAUUUGAAUAGGCUGAGAUCUCCUUGGAGGUCAUUGUAAGUACUUUCUUUUUGUUACAUUACAAUAAAAAAGACAUUUAAAUAUAAUCCUUUCAAGGAUAAUAUUUUCAUUAAGCAGCCAAGUAGUUCAUGGUUAAAUGAUGGGAAAGGUUAGGAGGCAGGAUUGCAUAAAGCGAUACAAUGUUCUUCUUCUUUUUUUUAAUGUGCUACUGUUUGAAAAAGCCAAAUGCGAAACUAAGGGAGAUAUCGGGAUAAGUGCAAUAGCAGCCAAUAGAUUUAAUGUGAUUGGGGGAGAGGGGCGGGGGGAGAGGUCAAGGAACAGAACCAAAUGUAUGUAAUUUUGUUGAUUUUUUUUUUUUUUUUGGUAUUUUUUAGUUGUGUUUUAGGUAAGGCUGCUUCUGAAAUCCUCCACAUCUAAAAUUCUUUCUGAGUUUGUAAGGUUUUAAACGGCUGAUCCUGUCUGUGAUUUUCCAUUGUAUUUUUGUGUCGAAGAGGAAGUUGCACUGUUUGCUCAGUUUUUACUCCAUUCAUGUUUCUUCCCCCUCCCUUCUUCAUUUUGCACAUGAAAAAAAAUCACUGCCAAAAAAAAAAAAAAAAAAAGCAAACUUGAUACACUUGUCCAGAUCCACAUGACUUUAUAGGUUGUUUUGCCUGUUGCAAGAAAUACCCAGAACGGGAAGGAAUUAUGAUGCACCUUCUCUGGGCUGCUGCUUUGCAGUGCUUUUUUACUGUCCAUUUUGCUCAACAGGAGGUACAAAGGCAUCAAAGAAACUGAGGCAACCUGUACAUGUUUAGGAAAUGUCAGCUGAAUUAGAAUUUGAGAGGAAUGACAUGGAGAGCAGCCUUGACUGCUGCAGCUGGUGACUUACAUUUGUCAGUACACGUACGGGAUUUCUGACACACUACAAAGAAACAGAAGCUGAGAAAAAUAACAUCCUCUAAAUGAAUCAAAGACGGAGUGCGCAUAUUUCUCAGUCUAAGUUGGGUAUACCUUGCAAGUAUGAAAGACAUGACCAGGACAGCAUUGGAAUUUUCAGCUUGAAGGCAGUUGGGUCAAUUUGCCAAUCAGAAUAACAUAGUUGGAAGUGACCUUGGAGGUCUUCUAGUCGAAACCCCUGCUCAGGCAAGAAACCAUAUACCAUUCCAGACAAAUAGUUGUCUAAUCUCUUCUUAAAAACUUCCAAUGUUUGAGCACUCACAACUUUUGGAAGUAAGUCCUUCCACUAUGUAACUUUUCUCAUCGUCAGGAAAUUUCUCUUAGUUCUAGAUUGGCUCUCUCCUUGGUUAAUUUCCAUCCAUUGCGUCUUGUCCUACUUUCAGGCGCAUUGGAGAAUAAAUUGACCCUCUCUUCUUUGUGGCAGUCCCUUAAAUAAUGGAAUACUGCUAUUAUAUCACCCAGUCCUUCUUUUCAUUACAUCUGAAUCAGAUCCAGACCAGAAUUUGAAAGUCAAAAAACCCUGAACUGUUUAAUUGAAUCAGGUACUUGCAAAAUGAACUGAAAAUGUAAAAAGCUUCUGCAUAUAUAAAAAGUCCCCUUUUCCCCAUUAAUUCAGAAAAAAAAGUGUAAUUGAUUUUCUAAAUUGAAUUGAAAUUAGAUUUCAAAGUGUUUCCAAAAUAACCUUCGGUUCUGAAUAAGCAUCUCAUGUUCAGUCAAAGAAAGUUAUGUCAUCUUCAGAAAGACAACAGUCAAUUAGAAUUACAACUUACAAGCAAUUACAAUUACAAUUAAUUACAAUUAGAAUUCCAUACUGUAAAUAGCUUUCUAAGUUGGUGCCUUCAAAUGGUCAGACAGAUAGAUUUGACAGUCUUAGAAUUUUCUAAGCAGCAUAAUCAUUGGUCAAGAUAUAACAAGGCAUGAAGAGGUAUGCACUUGGCAUGAAAGCCAACAUUGCCUGAUGAACAAAGAAACGUGGGCAUUUGUGAAGUGCAUGGGAUAUUGUUCUCCACUGCAUGUCCUCUGCACCAGAAAUAGCCCAGUGUGACAUGUGGAAAUCACCAUAAAAUGUGCCUUAUCUGUACUGAUUGUACCUGUUCCAUCCCUUCUCUUUGAAUGGCAUUAUCUUAUUCUAGAGGAAGUAUGGACAGUCUCUUUAAGUAUGUUAUAUUU